AACUAUAGGAUUGGGAAACUUAUCCACAAACAAGAGAGAUAGAGUGAUGAUCUCAUCAAGAGAGGGAUUCAAUUUACAAACUUGAGAGGGAGAAAAGAUUGUGGGUUUUCGUUUUCGGAAGAAGAAAAGGGAAAGUUUCAUCAAAAGUCCAAAACAAGCAACAGAUAAGACUGAAUUCCAAGCACAGCCAUCCAUGGCUUCUCUCUCCAGCUUCUUCUCCUUCCUCUUACCCUCUAAACCACCGCCCCCAAAACCCCACCAGCCCCUCAUUGCCUCCUCCCCUUCUCCGCCGAAUCACGCCUCCGCUCAGUUUCAAACACUGAAAUCCAGGGAUGGAUCGGUUGCCCUAAAGCCCCAACAGGGUCCCAACCAUUCGGAGCCCUUAUCCGCGGAAUUGGCCUCCGUUAUCUGUCCCUCCCUCGCCUUCGCCAACACAAUGUUCUUCAGAUCCGCUUAUAAUGUUCAGGUGAUUGUGGAUGAUAAUGAACCCGAGGAGCGCCUUCUCAACAGAUUCCGGCGAGAGGUUAUGAGGGCUGGCGUGAUUCAGGAGUGUAAGAGACGGAGAUUCUUUGAAAACACUCAAGAUGUUAGGAAGCGCAAGACUCGCGAGGCUGCUAAACGCAACCGCCGCAGGCGACCACAGGCAAGAUUUACACCACAGAACAAGCAGGAUGUGCCUGCAACCAAGCAAGAAGCUGAUGAUGACAACUGGGAUUUACCUGAAGAAGAGGACAUUCCUUAUUAACUUGAUCCGGAAGUUCGCCCUCACCAAAUGUUUAAUGUUUUCUGAUUAUCUUUUGAUUUUGGGGAGCUGUUAAUUCUCUGUAAUGUAAGUUAUUUUCCAUGUAAUAUCUUCUUUAGUUGAGAAGUUUUUGCAAUAUUUCUUUUGAAUAAAUAGAAAUGAUCAUUCCUUUUACAUAUAA